AUGGCGAUCCAAAAGUCUGAAGGUGUGCUAGGCAUUCUCAAGAAUGGGCAAAGGAUGGUCGGUAUGGAGCGUGCGGGCUCUCGUCUCAAGGGAAAGGGUAAACGUGCCUCCAAACAUCCCGUAGAGGAGUCUAGCCAAACCAUUCAAUCGGCAUCCUUUACACAUUACACGUCCAACUAUGUGAACGCGCUAGUCGGAGUCCUGGAAGGGACAUUGACGCCAGAGGAGGCCCAGGGGAUUUUGGCGCUACCACUCAAAGAGCUCCUCGAGGAUACCCUGAAUGGAACUCCCUAUAGCAAUUUAUCGAGACAAGAGAACAUGGAAAAGGUUGAUGCAGUCUUGAAUGAGAUCUCGAAAGCGUUACUUCUGAGUGUCCUCUUCAUUGGAAAGGCCAAGACUCAGUACAGAAAUGGAGCUUUGGAGGACGUAUCUGCGUUUCUCUAUAAACUUGCAAUGCUCAUUGACGGGACUAUGGAGAAGAUUUGCGGAUCCAUAGCGUCUAACGAGGGAAACUUGGAGAGGAAGAACCCGGAAAAUCCGAAAAUGUUACUCCACAUUUGGACGAUUCUGCUAUCACUGGUCUAUGCCAAGGAAAAAAGACUGAGGGUCACAUUUUGCACAAUUGCACUUCAUCUCGUCAGAAGCGCAUGCAUUGAUGAAAUAAUGAUUACAAGUGUGCUCUUUGAAAAGCACGUACAGACAUUUGUAUCCCUGCUAACAGAUCAAAACAAAGAUGUGCGUUGUGCUGCCGUAAAGGUCUUGGAAUCGUUUCAGGUGAGUUGA